CCAACAGGCUUGAAUGAUCGGUGUGCGGAGCUCAUCCAGCCUGCCAAACGUAGGGAUCAGUCAUCGUGACAUACGUCAGAGGAUCGGCGUGCGUGAAUAGCCGAUACUCGUUCGUUCCAAUUAUGAUGGUCUGGAGAGGUGCUAUCACGGCACCAUGUUCAAGAUACUUAACAUCCUAUAUCAUGUCCUCCUGUCACUCUCUGAUCUCUUUCUAAUACGACCGCUGACUUCACAUCCUCACCUUGACACCAAAUCAGAAUAGAUAGUAUCUCGAAGACUACACCCCAACCACAACCCUCACAAAACCUCCAAAAUAUGGGCGUCAUAAGCGUAACCUCCGAAACUAUCUUCAACUACCCACCCGAAAUAAUCUACGACUUCGUCUCCAACCCCUCAAACUGGGGUCGCACCUACACCGGCAGCUCCGGCCUACCCCCAGGCCAAAACCUGUCCCUCCCCCUCAAAGUCGGCGACGUCUGGACCGAGAAGGUCGCUCUACCCAAAAACACCUAUCACCCAAAAUGGGUCUUGGAAAUCGCCGACCGCGGCCGCAAGUUCGCGUUUCGUCAGGUCAACAACAUCGCUGCUGGGGAAGACGGAAGCGGUGGUGUUCCGGGGUACUGUUGGAUCACGUAUACGUUUAUGAAAGCAGGGCAUGGCUUAACUUUGUUUACCCGCAACCUAACGUGUGAGCUUGAGAAGGGGGUAGAUGUGCCCGAUGAUCUCAUGUUGGCGAUGUCGAGACCUAGUGGAAUUGACAAGUAUCAUGAUGCGAUUAAGAAGUUGCUUGAUGUGGAGUUUGCUGAGCACAAGGCUCUGGACAACUUAGGGGAUUGAUGAGUUGAUGUUGUUGAAUUUGUUCGCAACGAAGAUUGGUUUUGGACAGUAGGAUGGAUAGAACUGAUACAAUAAUUGACUGUUAUAUAUCAUACGCGACCGUCGCACAGAAUUUCUUCUUCUCGAU